AUGACCGAAUCUCACGCCAACCUGAUCCAGUCGAUUUACGACGAACGGAGCACCAAAUACGACGACUCAUUUCACGGCCUCCUAGCAGACGACUACAUUCGCUUCGCGGACCCAAAAGAGGGCGAAUAUGUGCUGGAUCUAGCAUGCGGCACGGGCCUAGUAACCAUACCAGCCGCCCAGCGCGUCGGAAACGCAGGCCAUGUCGUAGGCAUUGAUAUCAGCGACGGCAUGCUAGAUGUGGGCCGACGAAAGGCCGAGAAGCAGGGUCUCGACGUUCCUUUCAUUCAGCACGACAUCUCAGACCUCAACGGACUAGAACUUCUCCCCGUCGGCUCUCAGGGCUUCGACUUGAUCACGUGUGCUGCGGCUUUGGUGCUUCUCCCUGAUCCGCCUGGUGCGAUCAGGCAUUGGACGACGCUGUUGAAGCCGGGCGGACGGCUCGUCAUCGACGUUGCGGCGAAGGAUGUCAACGUGCCGAGUAGGCUGUUUUCGCGGAUUGGAGAACAGCUGGGUAAGACGCUGCAGUGGGAUCAGAGCUGGGUGCAGUCGGAAGAGUCUCUGGCCAAGCUAUUGCGGGAUUCGGGAUUGAUGGUGGAGUCUGUGUUCAUGACGAAGACGUACCAGGUGCGGGAGUACACUGUUCAGAAAGCAUCUGAGACGUUUGAACAGGCGGUUGCGAGCCCCAUGUAUAGAAACUUUGGUGAGCCUUCGGUGCGGGAGGAAGCGAGGAGAUUGUUUGUGGAAGUAUUCAAAGAGGAAGCAGGUGCUGAAGGAGUCUUGUUGGAUGAGGCCAAGAUGUAUAUGGCUGUUGGUUACAAGCCAUGA